AUGCGCAAGUCAAUCGCCCUCAACGCCGGCCUGACUCGCCUCUCGAGCCCCCAAAACCCCCGUCGAUCGUUCGUGACCACCGCCGCAAGGAGUCUCGCCGCCAGUACUUCAUCUCCAGCAUCUGCGCCGCCGCUGAACCCGCGAUGGCUUUCUGAGCUGCAGUCACGCAUCAAGCGGUGCGCCGGGCUCGAUCUCAGCGGGCAGCAGAAGGAGGAGUUGACGGCUCUGCGGAAGGCUGUCGAUGGCCAGUGGCUGGAGUUGCUCGCCGGACGGGAGGGGUUCCUCACGGGUCCGGGGUGGAGGGGCCUUGACAGACAUACGGUGACUUGGGGAGACCAGGUGAGUUCCUGUCAUGUAAACAAUGUCGUCUACAACAAGUACGCCGAGUCGGCGCGGGUCAACUGGCUUCGUAACUUUGCGACGACGGUGGAUCCUGAGCACAAGGAUGAGUGGGACCAGCUCAUGAGCCCGAAGGAGAUUGGCCUCAUCAUGAGAAGCAUCAAAACGGACUACAAGUUUCCAAUGGCCUACCCGGAUCAUGUGACGGUCCUCCAUAAGCUCGUUUCCAAGCCGACAUACGAAUCAGACUUCAUUUUGCUUGAAGCCCUUCUCAUCUCCGACGGCCACCGCCGCCCUGCCGCCCGCUGCUUCGAGGAUAUCGUGGUCUACGAUUACAAGACCGCCAAGAGGGCGCCGCUGAAGCCGUUCAUGGUAGACCGCCUACGGGAGACGUACGAGGCACAAGAGCAGGGUAAGAUCGAGUGCGAGGAGAAGGCGAAGGGUCUGGUAGACAUUGUCGAGCGUCUCGAGAAGGCUGCGUAAGAUGUUGCGGGCUGGCUCGUCACUGCUUUUCCGUCGCAAGAAGCGCGAUUGUGAGUGAGAGAAAACGAUUGUAAAAACAUGAGACAGUAUACAUAGACUUAGAUCAUAGACCUCACAGAGAGAAUAAAGAUUCCCAAACGAUGUACCUAGCGCGCUGAAAAGCCGUUAGAAGCGCCCAGAUCUGAGGGAGGCUCCGGAUCGGCGGGCGAUGACGGCGUGAGGCUUUUCAUCGGCUGAAAGUGGAGAUCUGCGCGACAUCG